CUCUGAUAUGUCUACGAUGAAACAGCUUAUAACAACAACAACCACCCUUAUCUGGUUAAUGGGCAUCUCUCUCUUUUUUUAUUCCACAGUCCCAAAACAUUCUCAUGGCUCCAGCAGAUCAUGAUCCCUCCCUCACAUAUAAAGCCCACAAUAUCCCAGGAUCUUCAUUAAUCCAUGGCUUCCCUUGACACCAGGUACAAGCAGCUCAACAAUAAGGAAGACAAUCACCGAAACUGGCGGGUCGAUAUCCCAGGCAACCGGAUAUGACGUCCAUGGUUCCAGCUGCUCAAACCCUCUCUAAACAACAACAUCUUCAUCUUUCCGGAGAUUAUGCUGGUUGUGGUGGUGCUAAUUAUAGAGAAGAUUUUGGUCUUAUGAGCCGUACUGUAGAAGGGUAUGCAUACUUUAGUAGUACUGAAUCUUGUUUAGGAUCUGAUCCUGUGGUUGGUGAUCAGAAUAUGGCUGAAGAUGAAUCAAGAACUAACAGUAGUCUUAACGAAGCGGCGACGAGCUCAAAGGAUCUUAUUCAUCAAGAAGAGAGGGAUGAAGGGUGGCUAAAAUUGAGUAUAGGCGGUCACGCCGCCUGCAGCCAUAACAGCAAGCAUGAUGAUCAUCAGGCAAACCCAACGGCGAGAAGAGGUUCCGGGUCGAUCGAGCUUGAUCUAUUGCCCGGCCGUGGCAGUACUUCUCAUCAAGCAAGGCCAUUAGCUCCUAUCUUCCAUGUUCCCGAAUUUAGAGUUCCUCGUGCCACUAGUUUUAGUACAUCCUUGUUUUUUCAGCACCCGGGAAGUAGUACUUCAAACUUUCCUCAUCACCAAGAGAUUAACUGGGCGGCGUUUAGGCCAAUCCGGCAUAAUAUAGGGAGUACUGCUUCUUCCUCUACAUCAUCGUCUUCUUCCUUGAUGCCAUUUGGGUCGUAUUUUGCUCAGCCGCCCCUUCAGCUCCAAUCUAUGAUGGAUGUUGCCGGGCCGAGCUUAGAUUUUAGAGUUAUUGAUCCUCCUCGGAGGCCCCAUUCGGGCAUUUGGUUUAUGCUACGAGCAUCCCAGAAUCAAACAAAAGAACCAUUUUUGCCUCAGAUACCAAAGAACUACCUGAGAAUCAAGGAUGGAACGAUGACAGUUCGAUUGUUAAUGAAGUAUUUGGUCAAUAAGCUGAAACUGGAUAGCGAAUCAGAGAUACAGAUAACAUGUAGAGGGCAAGAGCUUCAACCUUUAUUGACGUUGCAGCAUGUAAGAGAUAACAUAUGGCGGUCGAUUUCUAGUCCCAGCAGGCCGCCGGAAGCAGUACUGACUUUGCAGCUUCCAGACUCCCCCUCGACCAGUACGGAUGACCAUGUCAUGGUUUUGGACUAUGGCAGGAGUGCAGCUUGA